AUGAUGGAGGACACAGACAUACUAAAGUCUAACCUACUGGAGUCCCCAGCAGAGAAUGAUCCUCUCAUUAAGGCUGAAUCUCCAACUUUACUCAAACUACAACCAUUGGACAUUUCCCCCAGUUCUCUUGAUAACUAUCUCAAAGAACAUGAAAAGAAUAAUCUGGUUGAGAAAUUAUGGCGUGAAGAGAAGUACUUUAGUGACAUCAUUGCAUUGAGACUUCAAGAACCUGAUAUCAAAUAUGAAGCCCCCAUAGAAUCAGAUCUUCCCGUAGCACUGGCUAGGAGCUAUGUCAGGCCCAAGAGAGACACCACUGGCUGGAACAUUGAACUAGAUAUGUGCUGGGACCCUAUGUCUUACUCAACUAAGCACAUGGCUUUUUGUAGCAAGAUAGAGACAUGGGAGAUAGAAAGAGACUCUUCAGAUCAAAUUAUUAAAAUUGAAGAGUUCAAGAAGCACACAUUUGCCAUACUGCAUAGUGAUGAUAAGACAACAUUGCCUGGUGUACCUGGUAUUGCAACUAUAAUGAAGCCUAGGAAUGCACUGGACCAUGCAUGGCAGUCUUUAAAGUCUCUACAAUCCACCAGCCAGCUCACCAAUACAACCACCCAGCAUGUCAAUACUGCCAGCCACCAUAUCAAUACAGCAAUAUCCAAUCAGGCUGAAGUUGAGAAGCAAUCCAAGUCUCUUGAGAAAUCAGAUUUGAAUCCAAAACAACAGCAGACUAAACAGAUCAGCUCCAAUAUUAAGAUAUCUGGAAAUCCCUUGGAUGAUUUCUUAAUGUUGAGAACAGGCAUUGUACACAGGUCAGUCAGCGUGAGACCUAGACCAGAGGGCAGUGCAUCUACACCAGGGAGUAUGGCUCCAAGGUCAUUAAGUACAUCAGAGAGGGCGCAUAGUAAGAUGGCGCCAGUUGCAGCAGUUCAGCCUGCACUGAGUCAAAACCCACAACAGAUGGCUUUGAACAGCAAGCCUGAUGCAUCUUGCAAACAACAUAUUACAGCUGAUAAUGAAGGGACUACAACAAUGAAACAAACAACUACAACUGGGAAACAACAAAACAACAAACUUGAAGAUCUGCGUCCUUGUAGACCAGCUAUGACCAAGAAGAAAUCAAAGAGCAAGAUUAUUGAUGUUGAAUUGACAGAUGUACUUCAUGAGGUUGUCACUCACUUGGAGGAUUUGGGUAAACCUAUACUCUCCAAUCUACACCUACAUGGUCUCACAUCAAAAUCAACUCAACUAACCAGUUUUACACCUGACAUGACACGAUUCCUUGUUAAGCAGUAUGAGAAGCAACAGAAUCUUGGAAAAGCUAAAUCAAUGGAGUGCUACAAAAAUGUGAUUGCUCUCCAUGUUCUGGUAAGUGGAGUUGAUGUGUUGGAGCAUGGCAGUCUGCAAGCUGCAACUUCACAUAUGGCAACUCUCCUGGACAAACACAUUCACACAAUAGGAGGAAGCUUGGAGAAUGUUAGAGAGUAUAUGUUGAAGAGCCAGUACUUGUUCAAACAUAAACACCUGCACCAUCCCAAACUCACAGAGGUCUCUAGACAGAUGAAGCAGUGGUUCAUCAAUAUGAAAUUGAAGUCUCCAGAACAUGAUCCCAAGGUACUGGUGAUUUCCCAGCGUGGUUUUCCAACAUUGUUGCAGAGCAUUCAUGAAGCUGUCAAUGGCAUAGAUAUGGUCCAUCCACAUAUUCUGCACAACAAUAGUGCCCCGGUCUCCUAUGAACAGAUAUCUAACUGUUUGGAUGAGUUCAAUUGCAUCAUAAUAAGUAGCACAGUUUUGACCAGUGAUCAGGUCCCAUUGGCCCAGUUCUCAUUGGUGUUGGAGUAUGAAUACACAGAGAACUCAAAGUGGCAGGAACUGUGUUUGCGACAGAACAUAAGACAUAUUGGCUUCAAGACAAUUAGGCAGCUUGACAAAUCUGAGAGUUUGAAUGUUCUACUCCCAUCAAGCCCAGCAGAGAGUAAGACGAGGGAGCAAUAUAUGUUCAUAGGAACCCCUGUGAUCACGGAGAACACUGACCUUCUGCAACUUCUAGAGGCUAGACAUGACAUCAUUAUAGUAGAGAGAGACUUCAAUAACAUGAGAAUCAAACAAACUGAUGUCACUUGCCACCUCCAUUUUGCUGACAUCCUCAUUGAUGAACGAACUUGUGUCAUCUUGGUUACCAUGGAGAACCUCAAUGAUGGGCCCAAACUUGAGAAACUUGUUGCCAGGGUGAAUGCUCUGAGACUCAAGUUCACAACAUGUUUUUUGAUUCUUCAUUCUAACUACUCACAGGACAGAAAGGCUAAGUACUGUUAUGCAGGAAGUACUAUACCCCACUGUGCCAGGCUGUUUGCAGCUGUGAGCCAUUUUACAAGUAAACAGCAUGACUAUGAGGUCAAGAUAUUCUACUCCAGCAGCAACCAUGAAACUGCAACUCUGAUCAGGCAGCUUGGUGAGUUGACAUGCGAGUUGACAAGAGCAUGGAACAGGACAGAGUGGUUGGAUAGACAAUGGCUUAGUGAGGAGGUAACUCAGCAUGAACGUUUGCUACUAUGUUUCCCUUGUCUUAAUGCUUUUAGUGCACAGAUUCUGCUGAGUGUGUCACCUUUGAAAUCACUGGUUGCUAUGACAAUACCAGCUCUACAGGACAAGUGUCCCUGGAUACCUGUCAGAAUGCUGCAGAUGUUCCACAGGUUAGUGAACACUAACAGUGGAGUGAUACCCAACAAUGAAGUGAAACCCAACCAUGGAAAGAUACUGAAUAGUGGAAAAAUAACUAACCCAAGACCAACCACUGUCCAACAAGAUGUAGGCAAAGCCACACGUGAUAAUGGUACAAGUGAGAAACAUCAGGAGAUGAGCCAUAGAAAUAACAUCACUGAUCUGAAUAAAACUAAUGUCUCAAACAUUCCCACAUUUACCUCACUUUCCAAGGAGCAAGUUAGUCUGCCAGAAUCCCGACUUAAAACUAAGAAACAGACAUUAGAAACUGAUAGUCCUCUAGAUGUUAAUGUCUGUGAUGAGGAGGAUGAGGGAAUGGAGGAGGGAAAUAAGCCUAAUGAGUUCAUCAAAGCUAUGAUUGAACAGGAUACCAUGUCGUUUCCCAAUAGUCAGCCUGGUGAAGAGUUUUUUGGUGAAGAAAUCAAGGCAAAAACAUCUAGCAAUCGUCUGGAUCCUGAGAGACAACCUAUGAAGAACCAGAGAGACCUCAAUCUGAGGAACCCAAGAGGUCUGAGUUCCCCAAAUUUUGAUAUACAUUGUGAGUCAAUUGACUCAGGUGAGAAUACCCAAAUGGGUCAUGAUUUGAAUCCAAAAAGACAAUGCUUUGAUCGGAAAUAUAGCAAAGAAUUCAGUCAGCCUCAGAUUUAUGUACCAAAAAGAUGUAUCAAUCUUCCUAAACAGCAAGACGUAGGCAUUAGAGAUACUUCCCUCAGAAGGGCUAAUCCUAGGAACAACCAGCUAACAUCUCAAACAGGACUAUCUAAUAAUGAACACUCAAGUCUCAAGCCAAGCUAUAACGACCAGUUAGACUACUCCCACAAUGUAGGACCUCAAGGUGACUCCCAUUACAGUUUCCACGGUGACAGAAAUUUUGCUUCAAGAAAUCAAGUUUUGUACAAGCCUCCCAAAAGCCUACCUCCCAGAGAACAAAUAAGAGGUAGACUAAGUGAUCUCUAUUAUUCUGACCAGAGGGAGGUUGGUGUUAGAGGAAUGGAUGAUAGAGAAACAGGCAUUAGUGGUGUUAGCGCAAGGGGACAGGAAACAAGGGGACCGGAGUCAAGAGGACUUGACCCAAGGGGACCACACAUGAGGGAAACCGAUCAUAGAUGGGUCAACAGGGAAGACAGACCGUCAGAUUACAUUAGAAGACCAGGUCAGAUGGAUUAUGACAGUGUAUCAUCCAGACAUGUAGGAAGAGCUCAGCCAAAUAUCAGGACUGCUGAAACAAUCAGAACAGGGCAACCAAUCGAUGUGUCGCCCCCUAUGGACCUAGACAGUGACAAUUAUGUGCAGGAUUCUGAGCGGUUAUAUCAUGACAGAGACUCCAUGUGCCACAGACUCAAGACACCAGUUAGACCCUACCUAGAGGUCCCAAGGAGGAGGACCAGAGUAACAAUGACCCCAGCUACAAAACAAUCCAAGUUAACCUUUGAGAAGGUCCCUGGUAGACCUGGAGGUCAGACUAGAUUAUCAUUUGGAGGACCAUAAUCUGAGAACACAGAUUUCAGGAGUAUGGAUAUUUAAGACCAUGUGUUUCAAUAAAUCCCAUUAAGAAUGUUCGUAGAAUUAAAUUGAAGGAUAUCUCAUAUUUUGAAAUAAAACAAGGUACAUGUAUGCACAUGUAUGGGGGAUCACAUCUGGGACUAGAAAAGGACAGCUCUAUAUUCAACAAAUGGAGAAUGAUCAGACCUCUGAAUACAUGUAGUUAAUCUACAUAUACAGUCAUGAAUUACAAAGGCACCAACUAUGUCAAUUAGGCUAGCAUUAUUUUUUCAUGAUGCAGAGAGG